GAGACGCGGCGGGUGCUAGGCAGCAUUAUAACUUGCUGUCGCAGCCGUAAUCCAAACCAAAGUUGUAGUCCACUUAGCAAUGGCGAAGUCGGAAUUGAGACCAACCAGCUAACCAGAAGCGAAGGUUUUCAAUUUCAAAUUUUCGCUCAUAAACGGGUUAACAUCAAAGACGUAUCAAGUGGCCAAAAGUGAUGACUAGCAGUUAUGCUAUGGGCAACAGAAGUAAUGGAGUUAAAAGAAAUGCCUCAAUUGGGUUAUGGGGAAAUGUUAAGUCAGGAGAAGCAUCAGAGCCUUCCCCACUUCCCCCUUAAACGUUACCUUAGCGGAAGCUGGACUUCCCACCAUCUCGGAAAGGGUGGCCAACAAUACAAGGACAAGUAUUUUGAAGAUAAUUCAAUGUAGAAACAGAUUUUUGUUUAAACACAUCAACUCGAGCACUCAAAAAUUAAACAGAAAGAGCCGGGAAUCAACAAUCUCCAUCAUUCUAAAAGAAGCCGAAAAACUGGAUAUCAUUGCUCAGCCAGUACUUGUAGAACCUGCAAUACAUCCACCGUGGGUCGUUCCCAACUCGAUGAUGUUGAACAAUCUAUCCAAACAUUUAAAAGAUUCCACUAAUACAAACGAAUACAACAAGAUUUUCCUCGAAACCAUUUCCCCAUUAAAGAAAGAUUGGGAGAUCAUUUUUACCGACGGAUCAAAAACUGACACCUGCACAUCGUUUGCAGUGACAAACGCAGAAGGUGUUACCAUCUAUGCCGGAAUUUUGCCAAGAUUCACUUCAAUAUUUACAGCUGAAGCAGCUGCGUUACUUGAAGCAGUAAUCUUUGCCUCCCAGAAAUGUAGCAAGCACUUAAUUUGCACCGAUAGCAAAUCCUCAAUCGAAGCUAUAUUAAACCCCACAAAUGACACCCCGAUGGUAACAAAAAUCCGCAAUAUAAUUUCAAUACACACAAGUGAAAUCAAAAUUAUGUGGAUUCCUGGGCACUCUGGGAUAAAUGGUAACGAAAAAACUGACAAGAGAGCGAAAGAGGCGAAUAAGGAACCUCUACACACAUUUAACUAUAUCACUUGCAAUGACAUAAAGAUACUAGCGAAAGAACUUGCCGCAGAUAACGCAGCAACUAAAUGGAACAUUUAUCAGCAUCCUUAUAAAAACUUUAACCCCUUUGGGGAAAAAAUAUCUACCCUCCAUCUGCAUUAUGUCACCAAGCAAAAACCUUUACUCGGCUGAGAAUCGGUCACACACUCAUGCCACAUGCCCACCUGCUCAGCGGUUCACCGAAGCCUACAUGCCCGUUUUGUGGCUCCAACGAAUUUACUACACUUCAUCUGAUAGAUACUUGUCCUUCCCUACAAAAUAUCAGAACAUCCUUUUUCUCAAGCAUCAAACCAUCGGAACUCCUCAAACAGACAACGGUAUGCAAUUUAAAUAAGAUUUGUGAUUAUGUAUCUAGAUGUAAGUUAAGGCUAUAAGACGCGCUGUCAUUUUUUAUUAUACUAAUUAAUAGCCGAAGGCCAUAGUAGCCAGUGCUUAGCUCU